AUGAUGCCUCCCUCUUUGAACACCCACCCUUCCUUUACCCGUCCUCGGACUAGCGACCGCGAUGGCAGGCCCAGCACCCGCGACCAGGGCGCUGAUCAGAACCUCCUGAUCCCCAGCCGAACUUCUUCGCUUCACUCACGCAUCACACAGCCCAUCCCGUCAACCCUCAACAUGAAGCCUCAGCAGCGCACUCCAAAGACCUUGACGCAUGCUUACAUGGUUUGCGGUGUUGGUCGUGAGCCUUCGCAAUGGGUCAAAGCUCCCGCCCCGACCCAAGGAAAGAUUGGCCACAUGAAGGGCGCUGUUGGUCAAUUCUGGCUUCCAGAAAUCCUGGGCAGCAGUCCUCGUCUUGAGCAGGAUAAUGAGAUUGCUCGUGCUCUUCACUCUGCUAUGAGGGCCUGCUUCCCCCAUGAUGUUGAGAUUUGCACUGGCCGCAGCCAGCCUCACUGCGUUCACCAUGCUUUUGUUCUUCAGCAGGAUUCUUCCCACACUCUUUACGGUAUUUCCCUGCGCGUUUGGUCGCGCGCUGACGAAAAGAGGGCUGAGACAAUUCGCGACCUCCGUAAGAGAACCGAGAGCGACUACUACGACAACCCCGAUGAGACCUACUGGAUCCCUUACUGCUUGUCGUUCCUUUCCCGUUACCCUCUCUACAACCUCCUCGGAGAUUAUCUGAGAGGCAUGUGGAUUCACUGGAACAAGGCCACUAACCUUUUCCACGCCGAGGAGGUAUCCCGAAUUCUCAGCUUCCCUGCUCCGCGCCUGAACGACCUGGUGCGCAUCGACAUGAAGGACUACGCGCUUUGCUACCAGUUCCCAUCCUCGCCUACCGGAUUCCAGAACUUCGCCAUGUGGCCUCUCUUCAACUGUCUGUCGAUUCCCAACAUCGUCGGCGUCAUUGAAGCGGCUAUCUCUCCCACCCGUCGCAUCAUCUUCGUCAGUCACUACCCUGCCAUGCUCACCAUGGCUGCCGAGACCGUACGAUACUGCGUACGAGUUUAUGAGUGGAGUGGUCUCUACGUCCCUGUUGUCCACGCCCGGCACGCCAAGGAAUUGGUCCAGGAGCCUGGCCCUUACAUCCUUGGUAUCACCGUCGAGUGCCGCUCUCUUUUCACAGCUCCCACCGACGCUCUGGUCGUUGACCUGGAUCGCAACUUUGUUCUCACCUCUAGCCCUCCCACCGCUCUUAACCCCGGACAGCGCAACAAGUUUGUCACUCGACUGACACAAGCCUUGAACGGUGAUGUCACUCCUUCAGGAGUUCCCCAGCAUCUCCGAUCAGCCUACGGCGGUGGCAAGCUUGUGCCUGCUGGUCAAAUUAUCGUGAUGCGCGGAGAGGUUGAGUCUAUUCAAGAUCCUGAAUGGUGGAACCAAGAUGCCGUCAUGGCCGUUAUGGACCACGUCUGCGAGAAGCUUGGACGCAACACUGGAAUCAAGGCUGUCUUUGGUGGGUCUGUUAAGAAGCCUCUUAUGACCAAGGUUUCAAUGCGCCACCUUAACGAGAUUGUUCGUGAGAGAAACCAGUACUCGCGAGAUGCUCUCGAGGCUUGGCAGGAUUUCAUUAACCUUAAGGGUCGCAUGGACACUGAGCUUAGCAAGGUUAACAAGCGAAACAACUACUUGGUGGAGGAGCUCGAGAGCUGGAAGCAGCAGUUCCUCAAGUUCCAGGCCUUUGCCGAGACACUUACCAAGGAGACUCAAGACCUUAAGGUUAAGAUCGACACACACAAGAGGGAGAACCGUCGCCUGGCUACCCUCAUCGAUCAACAGAAGGAUGAUAACGCUCGUCUUUCCGUGCGCCUUACUGGCACUGAGAAGCAGCGUGAUGACGCUCUCGAAGCUCUGGUUCUCCAACAGGAGAUUGCUGAAGAGCUUGAGCGUGAGCGCAAGAGGAACAAGAAAGAGCUGUCUCAGCUUCAGCACACCAACGUCAACAUUACGCGACAGCGUGAUGAGGCUCGCAGAGUUGUCCUUCACCUUCGCAGCCUCAUUGGUGGCCAGAGCCAUCAUAUGGAGCAUCUCAUUCAGUCUAUCGCCAAGCCAGAUGACUUGGCCCAAGAGAUCGAGGAGGGUUACGAUGAGGUUGAAGAGGAGACACCACAAGCUGCUGAGCCUGGCCGCCUUACUCCCAGCCCUGCUCCCCGAAACAAGCGCUACUCAUCAUCUAGCUUCAAUGAUGUGGCCGACCGCCAUCUCAAGGACAAGACUGAUGCUAUCGCACACAUUGUGCGAAACAUUGCAGAGCAAUGCCAGGCUGCUGUUGAGGGUCUGCAGCUCGCACAUGAUGCCGAACUAGGGAGUUCUAGUAGAAGGAAUUCAAGCCUCUCUACCACCCCGAGCGAUGACGGCCACUCCAACGCUACGUCAGAGACUUGCGACGAUUCCCUCCUUGCGCCGCGGUCCGGGAGGGCGUCCAGUAUCCCUCCCACCCCGGAUCUCAUCCCCAACAGGAGCAGCACAGCAAUGUCCUUUGCCUCUACAGCUACGACUCCGGAGCGGUCGUCCCAGCAGUACCACCUUCGAGACGAAAUCCCCACCAAGAUUGUUGAGGAUGACGAGGAGGACUUCGAGGACGGUCGAAGUGACAACGGAGGCGCCUCACACGAGACAGGAGUCGUUUCUAAGUACCAGCACCACCCCCAGUCCCUGAUGCACAGACAGUCUGGCGCCAGGAUCAGCGCCCUGGGUGUCAGCCGCCGAAAAUCUUAG